AUGAAGAAUUGUAAACCAAUGGAAUAUGACUGCUGUAGUUACAAGUAUAUACAGUAUUUAUAAUUGACAAAGGACAUAUUCCAAUAUAUACUGUGUGCUCAGGUUUAGCUCUAUAAGUCUCAAGCAAAAUUUCAUACCUUUCAUCUUUAAGUAGAUUUAAGUCCAAGUAAUAUUAGCAAUUUUGGUCUUUCAAAUUUAUCAUUUCUAGUUCGUUUUACUUAUUCAACUCAACAGAUAAGUCACCAUUGCAAACUUAAUACUCAGAUUUUUUAAUCAUUUCCAAAGAAAUCUUUUGAGAACCUAGAAUUAUUUUUAAAUCAUCAAACUUGUCUUUCAUCUCUUGAGGAAUGCUAUAUUUAAACUACUCAGAGCUUUCAACAAAUUUCUAGAGAUUUUUUGGAAAGGACAUUACAAUAUCUUAUUAGCUAUUUAUCUCACUUUGGUAAGCUUAAGCAUACUUAAAGACUUCCUCUUCAAACUUUUUAUUCUCUGACUAAAACUUUGAAAUUAGACCUGUUAUCUCUUCCUCCAAUUUAUUUCUGUCUUUUUCGCUCUUAGUGA